CUCUUGCCUGGAGUUCCCUGGAUGGGAAUCUGUAUAUAAGAAGGCAGCGAGAAUGCAACCUUAGAACACAGCACGCAGUCGCAGUAUAGAAUGGCUCGUAACGUAGCAGUGACCUCCCUCCUCGUGGCUCUGUGCCUCGUAGCAGCCGUUGCUGGACACAGAAGCUACGGUUCUGGUGGACACAGACCUCUUGGCGUCCACAGCAGUGUCCAUUCAUCUGCUGGUAUCCACGGAGGUAGCGCUCAUGGCGUAGGACUCGUAGGCUCUGGCAUCCAUGGAGCAGGUCUCGUAGGCUCUGGCAUCCACGGCGCUGGAUCCUUCAACCCCGCUCAUUUCCCUGGUCUUGUGCCUGGUUUCGGCUUCCACCUCAACCAACCCGUGUCUGGAUACAACAAGUGCAAAUACUGGUGCAAGAGUAGGUAUACUAACCAGUAUUACUGCUGCCAACAGUCUUAUUAUGGCUAGAUUCAUAGUUCAGUGUUGUACUGACUAUACUGUGGACGAACCAGGUUUUCUUAUGUUGAUAAAUUGUUAGCUGUUUCUCAAAUAAAGAGUAUGUAAUCAGA